AUGUUGAUGUUGACGCUGACUCUGGUGCUGCUGUGGUCGCAGGUCGGGCUAGCUGCGUUUAUUCGUAGGCUUCCAUGUACUCCGGCCAAUGAAGCACCCAUCGUCCCCGGCAUCUUUACCCCGGACAGCCUGAGCGGUGGCCUCCAGGUAUCGGAUACGACGACGCUAUCACUCAAUCUAUACGGCGACUAUGUUGGCCCUGAUGACUGCGAGGCCCUGGAAGGCGAGUUCGCAACGCCCAUAGUCAAUGUCAGUGUCCUGGGUCGCCCGGUUGGAGUCCAGACCGAGACGAGUGGGAGAUGUCCGACCAUUUUGCCGGACGAUGGUCUACGGUCUGACGUUCGAACGUACUCGAAGUACCUGGUAUCCUAUUCCCUGGAUAGCCCUCAUAGGUUCAGCACGCUGGCGACGACAAUCCGUCUUCGAUUGAACAAUGGCACGGAAGUGGCCUGUAUCGCCGCAAACAUCACCUCUGAUCUAGGCUCCACGGCCAAGAGUCUGCUCAAGGGCAUUCCAAUGGCCAUCAUGCUCCUCUCGGGAAUCAUUGCAGCCGCGAUCAGGUUCUAUAUGGGUCGCCAGUCCAGCAUGUUCCGCUAUGAAAUCGCCAACAGCUCCUACGACCCGGCCGAAUCGGCGCUUCCCGGCAUCGGCGAAUGUCUGCAGUACAUUCAAUUUGUGUUUCUAUCCGGCUGUCUCACUCUGCUGUAUCCUGGAUUCUUCAGACCGGUGGUCAGCCAACUCGCCUGGUCGUCCCUGAUCUAUGCAAAUGGCCCGAUCACGCAUCAGUUCACCUAUCCCGGGGUCGAGGAUGGCAUUUACGCGUUCAAUGCCACCUACGGACUAGAAGAGAUGUCUCAUAUCAUGGGAGCGACAACAAUGGGGGAUCUGUGGCCCAAUGCCAUCAUCAAUCUGGCGGUCAUGCUUCUAAUCGCAGUGGUCAUUACACAAAUCACCUCGCUGAUCAAGUGGAUGUGGCGAUUGUUUCCCUUCUGGGGACCUCCUGGGGCUUUUGAGCCCCGCACGGAAUUCCUGGCGCACAUCCAGCACGCCGGAUGGAGCGUUCUCCGCAUGGUGCUCCACUACUACCUGCUGCCCAUCGUCACCUUCUCACUCUACCAACCAUUGAUGGCCCAUUCGCCGACAUAUCGGUCGUUUCUUGCCAUCUCGGUGCCGGCAGCCCUCGGCGUCUCGUUGGGAUUCUUAGUCCGAUACUUGACGGCACAUAAUCGACAGGAUUCCUUCUUCAGCGAAAGUACUCUCCCCGGCAGGUCCACACGGAAGUGGUUCUUCGAUGCUUUGUACGGGCUCCCGCUGGUCAGGGGCGUCGCGAUUGGCGGCUUGCAGAUCUCCGGCAUUGGGCAGAUUGUCAUUCUUAUGGCCUGUGAGAUUGCUCUCAUUAUCUGUCUGCUGCUGUACCGACAGAAUGGCUCGGUGUGGAGACCCAUCGGCCUGGCCGCCGUGAGACUGACCACGAUGGCCAUGAGCUGUGCCUUUCUUCCUUCGGCGGGACUCAACGAGGGAUCGAAGGGCUUGGUGGGGUAUUUUAUCCUCUCAUCACAUGCGUCGGCCCUCAUUCUCGGCUUUUUUGUGCCAUCGAUGUUCAACUGCGUGAUGUACAUCCUGGUGAGACUUGGGGUGCUGGAUUCUCACUUUGUGGGUGUCAAAGCAGACCAGCAAAACGCUCCGGUCUUCGGAUUAAACCAGCUGUCGCGUCGGUCGAAACGGGGAACGAGCUUCUCCCACCUGCCUGCGCUCAGUCCACCAGAUCAAUCCAUCACCGCGUAUAUAACUCACACUCCCCUACCCCGACCUGGUUCCUCCGGAGGCCAAUCAUGCAUUCCAGAUGAUGCAAGCCAGUUCUAUCGGGCUCCGCGACGCGUCGCUUCGUCAUAUGCUCCGUCAUAUGCUCCAACCGAGGGCACGCGCACCAUUCGUUCGGUGCCGUCAUCCUCUGACAUGGGUGACUCCGUCGGCUCGUCCGGUGGCUCCAGUAUGGAACUGAUCGAAGAGGAUGAAGACGACCUUGUGUCUGACCGGGCGUCUAAUGUCGAUUAUUCUGUCCGCGAGGCGGAUCAGUAUUAUCGGCGUGCGAAGAUUGUUAUGGGAUCGAAUCAGUCGGCAGAUUCCGGUUCGCAGUCAAAGCCUCCCAGGGGCUUACCUCGAUGGAAGCAGCGGAAGUCCAAGGCGAAGGGAUUCGAGGUUAUUAGACCUGCUCGGCCUCAAUCCCAUGGGUAG